AUCACUAUUAGUGAGGUCUUGCUUAGGACUUCUACAGACUCACUUGUGAGUCAGUUGAGGUUGCGUUUAUUAUAGACUAUUUAUUUAUUCUUGAUUAUCUAUUUUUUUAUUUUUGUUCUUUACGAUGUCGAUGAUCACGACGACGGCCUGGGUGCGGCGUGGUGUCGCCGCCCAGUUCCCGACGAAAUAUGAGAUCGAUGAAGAGGAAAUGGGUCGCAUAUCUAAACUGGCGAGGAUGCAGUUGGAGGAGGCCAAGAGUGAUUUGAAGGCCGCGACUGAAGGGGCUGCAGACGGCGACGAGGCAAUGGAAGAAGAUGACAAAGCGGAUGCCCAGGAUGCGAUGGAGGACGAUACUAAAGCGGCCGAGUCCGCGAAAGAGACCAAGUUAAACGACGAUGACGAUCUGAAAGAGUACGAUCUGGACCACUACGAUAGCGACGAGGUCGAUGAAGAUGGCGAGAAAAUCACCAUGUUCGGCAACGUGAAGUCCUUAGCUUACCAUCAACCGAACGAGGAGGAUCCGUACCUGAUCAUUCCGGAGGAGGAAGCCGACGAGGAGAGAGAAGAGCUGCAGAUCAUGCCUAUGGAUAACCUGCUACUUGCCGGGAAGCUAGAGGACGAGGUUGCACACCUCGAGGUCUACGUCUAUGAGGAUGCCGCCGACAACCUGUACGUCCACCACGACAUCAUGCUGCCCGCCAUUCCCCUCUGUCUGGAGUGGCUGGAUAUGCCCGUGGGCGGCAAGAACGCCGAGGGCCGGACAACGGGUAAUUUUGUGGCGGUGGGCACGAUGGAGCCCGACAUUGAGAUCUGGGACCUGGACGUGGUAGACUGCAUGUACCCGAACGCCAUCCUGGGCCAGGGGGGCGAAGAGUCCAGCAACAAGAAAAAGAAUAAGAAGAAGAAGACCAAGGCCAACGAUGCGUACCACGUCGACUCCAUCCUGGCGCUGGCGGCCAACCGCCAGCACCGCAAUCUGCUUGCCUCGGCGUCGGCGGAUAAGACGGUGAAGCUGUGGGACCUCAACACGAGCAAGUGCGCCAAGUCGUACGCGCACCACACGGACAAGGUGUGCGCGCUGGACUGGCACCCGCAGGAGUCGACGGUGUUGCUGAGCGGGAGCUACGACCGGACGGUGGUGGCGGCGGACAUGCGGGCCCCGGACGUCAAGGCGCGCUGGGGCGUGGAUGCGGACGUGGAGAACGUGCGCUGGGACCCGCACGACGCCAACUACUUCUACGUGACGACGGACAGCGGCAUUGUGUACCGGUACGACGCCAGACAGAUCCCCGCGAGCCCGCAGGAGUCGAAGCCCGUGUGGACGCUGCAGGCGCACGACUCGUCGGUCUCGUCGUUUGACAUCCACGGCACCAUCCCGGGCUUCCUGGUGACGGGCUCGACGGACAAGCAGGUCAAGCUGUGGAACGUCGAGAAUGGGAAACCCAGCAUGGUGGUCUCGCGCAAGCUGGAGGUCGGCAAGGUCUUCUCGACCACCUUUGCGCCCGACGCGGAGGUUGGUUUCCGCCUGGCGGUCGCGGGGAGCAAGGGUGUCGUGCAGAUCUGGGACACGUCCACCAACGGGGCGGUGCGCCGCGCCUUUGUCUCGCGCCUACCCUCUCUGGCGGGCGAGGUGGCGGAGCGGAUGGUUGGAGUCGAUGCCGACGGCAAUGAGUCGGACGACGACGAGGAGGGUGCGGCCGAUGAGGUCGUGGCUCAGGGCGGCGAUGGCUGGGAAUCAAUGGAGGAGGAUGAUUGA